CGGGGAAUUGAAGAGGAGCAUGACUGUAUCUCCACGUCAUUCUUCACUGGACUGCAGUUGACGGAAUUUGACUUCCCUUUGCAACGUUUGCUCUGCUGCUUUAUGACUCUUUACUACAAUAAUGCAGCAACCUGUUUCCUGAGUCACCCCACCACAGCAGGGUGAAGCAAUCCAUGGUGGGACAUGACGACGCUGCCUCUCAACACCUCAGCAACUUGUGCAGAACUUGAGUCAGGACAGACGUCAACCCCUCCCUGCACGCUUUGUUGCGGUGGCCUGGUCAACCGCACCUUGGCUGUAGGGUUCAUGGUCAGCCUGGCUUUUGCUAUCGUGGUUGGCAACAUGGUCACUCUUACAGUCUUCCUGCAGACAAGGCAGUCCAGGACACCUCAGGGAUAUCUAAAAGUGUCUCUGGCUGUAGCUGACAUGAUGGUGGGUGUCUUUGUGGUUCCGUUCUCCAUCUACACCGAGGUGUCCCUAAUGGUAGCCAACUCGCCUCCCAGUUGGUACAAGCGUGGCUCCACUUCCUUGGGGGAAUGGCUACGCUCUUGGCAGCCCUGCAUGCUGAUUGGCCCCAUGUUUGCCCUGUGCACGUUUGUCUCCAUUACCACCAUCUUCCUCAUGACCGUGGAAAGAAGCGUGGCCAUCCUGUGGCCUCUCCGCAAGGACACCUUAGUGACACGGAGACGGACUCUGCUUCUGGUCGUGCUCUCCUGGACUUCUAGCGUUUUGCUUGCGCUGGCGCCCCUCAUCUUGAGCAGCAGCUUCACUCUGGAGUACGACGAGUGCAGUCGCAUGUGCAUCUACACCCCCUUGAACCCCCAGUUAUCUGCCAAUAGCCAUGUGUUGCUCUUAUUCCCAGCAUUUGACUUCACACUUCUUAGUGGCACCUUAGCCGUUAACAUUGUGUCCUUCACAAGCAUUCGACGUUACACCAAAAGGCGUGAACUUCUCUCCGAGACCAGUCCAAAUGGUGGAGGCUGCUGCAAAAGACCCACCCUGUCAGAUAUCAAAGUUGCAAAGACAAUCUGCAUCUUGACGUUGACCUUCACGGCGUCCUUCACUCCUAUUGCAGUGUUUGUACUCGGGAAUGUGGUCGGAUACACCUGGUGUAACUUUUCCUUUAUUGCUUUCUGGAUCUUGGCGUGUAACAGUUGCUGUAAUGUAAUCAUCUAUAGUGUGAGAGACCAGCGCUUUAGGAAGGGCGUGACCCUCCUCUUCCAGCGAGAGCACUCGCCUCCUAAAGGGGAGAAGAUCUGAGGGACGGAAAUGUAUCAACUUCAAUAAUGCUAUUGAACAUUCAGUGAAUAAUUGUUGCAUGGCCCUCAUCAGGGGGUGCUAAAGUCUAUUCCAGCCAAAACUGGUCUCUUACAAAUCACAGGGCAUAUAUAAGCAAACGACCAAUCACACUCACAUUCACACCUGUGGACGUUUAAUAAUAAUCAUAAUAGUAACAAUUUAUUUUAUUUGUAAAAAGCACAUUACUUUGAGCAAACAACCUCAAAAUGCCACAGUGUGAAAAAAUAAAUAAUAAUAAUAAUAAUAAAUAAAUAAAAUAUAAAACUAGAAACAGCCCAAUAGCCAAAACCAGAAUGCAUAUCUAUAAAAAGGCUUUUUUUUUAAAAGAUGGGUUUUCAAGCCUUUUCUAAAAGCAUCCACAGUCUGUGGUGCCCUCAGGUGGUCAGGGAGAUCGUUCCACAGGCUGGGAUCAGUGGAGCAGAAAGCCCGGUCUCCCAUAGUUCGUAGCUUUGUCUUUGGUGGUUGGAGGAGGUUAGCCUGUUUGAAGCGGAGGUGUCGUGUGGAGGAUUUGGGGGUGAGCAGAUCUUUGAGGUAUAGACAGGGCCAUUUCUAUGGAGGCACUGGGAGAUUUUUAAUUCAAAUCUGAAUGGAACAGGAAGCCAGUGAAGGGGAUUUGAGAGUUGGUGUGAUGUCAUACUUGCCAACCCUCCCGGAUUUUCCGGGAGACUCCCGAAAUUCAGUGCCUCUCCCGAAAACCUCCCGGGACAAAUUUUCUCCCGAAAAUCUCCCGAAAUUCAGGUAGAGCUGGAGGCCACAAAUUUAAAGAAAUUAAAAUACAAAAAUAACAUUCAAAUUUGUAGUUUGGGGACCCCUAGUGUAAAGCAUAAACUGUGAAGCAGAGUCUAUGCCUGAUAUUAGGGAAGUCUGCACUGUGGUUUAGUUUACUGUGUGUGGACUUUGUUAACUGUGUGAAAAUCAACAUUUUUGUGUGUAAGCAAUCAGAAAAAAAACAGUAAUGGCAGCAACACAUUGCAAAAAAGUUGGCACAGGGGCAUUUUUACCACUGUGUUACAUCGCCUUUCCUUUUAACAACAUUCAGUAAAUGCCUGCUUUAUUUUGAUGAACGGGCAUAUGUUUCGACCGAAGUGUGUCAUUUUGCAAAUAAUGUAGGAAUUAGGAAAAUUUAAUGUGAUGUUUGGAAAAGUGUGUAUAUCUUUUGAAAAAAGACACAGUUAGUAAAAUUGUCUGAAAGCAAGUGGAAAAAACUGUAAUGUUACAGGUGUUUAAUAAAAAAUACCAGCAUGUUUAACACCACAUGAAAGUGGUUGGUUUUUGGCAUCUUAAUUGUCCAGGGUUAAUUGUCCAGGUGCCGCGAAUGUCAAUCAAGUGUCCAAAGGGACGUCAUAUUAAAAGAUUGGUGAUCGCUAAUUUAUAGGACUCUUUUUUUAAUGCCUGGCUGGUGCUCGACUGACACACCUAUCAUGAUCCACCAGUAGCUCGUGAUCAAUGAAGGGUGGUCUAAAUC